CGAAAAGCAAAACAUGAUGCACUCAUUUCUUAUGUAUUAACACAUCAUGUGAGAUUAAACCGGUGACCACUAGGGCAUGGGAGAGGGAGGUGGCGGUCGUCGCCACCAUCUGACUCUCGAGUCUGGAGAGCAAUUACUUCAGUUAUACGCGUACAGAUCAAGUCCUCUCAGAACGGGUUUGUUCUACUUUCUUUCAAUAGCGACUGUUGGGUUGUUUCGCUUAGUCCUUCAUUGGAAACAGAAAUGGCAUAUCGCUUUUCGUGCCACUCGUUCAACUUUCGCGUUUGCCGAUUUUGUAUAUAUAAUAGACGACCAUGAUGUAGAGGAAUUUCAUCCUAUUCAAACGAUGCGGCGAAGCUUUAGGGCACCACCGCUCGUCGUCCCUCGAGAAGACGGAUCUAUGCGAGAGGUAGACGAAAUUCGAUGGUUCGUAUAUCGCAGGCUGCAUUACAUGUGGAUUGAAAAGGAGAAGAAAGUUUGCGAUGAUGACGACGAAAGAGAGGGGGAAUGGAUAAUCCCUGGAGAUAUCAUGAGUCAGUCCCCUCCGCACAUAUUUCAUGAAGCAAUCUCAACAGGAACUGGUUUCGAUGAACACCAAGUUUCUCAACGGCUCACUACAUACGGGUUAAAUUCUAUAGAAAUACAGCUGCGGCCUUUACCUGUCCUUCUGUUCAUGGAAGCUAUCUCACCUUUUUAUAUAUUUCAAAUUUUUAGUGUUACUGUUUGGUAUAAUGAUGAAUAUGCUUACUAUGCAUCCGUUAUUGUUAUUAUGUCCGUUUGUUCUAUCAUCAUGGAUGUACUCCAGACUAGAGGACAAGAAAAACGUUUGCGUGCCAUGGUUCAUUCAAGUAGCGAAGUAGAAGUAAUUCGCAACGGUGGUGCCGUCAUGCGUGUGAGCAGUGAGCAGCUUGUACCUGGUGAUAUCCUUCUCAUUCCUCCUCAUGGCUGUAUCCUACAAUGUGAUGCUGUGCUCAUGAAUGGAACAGUGAUUGUGAAUGAAAGUAUGCUCACCGGCGAGUCUGUUCCUGUCACUAAGGUUGCUCUUGUCGAAGAUGCGCAUGAUGCUCAUUUCUGCAUCGAAAAGUAUUCGAAACAUGUACUGUUUUGUGGAACCCAGGUUCUCCAGACCCGAUAUUAUCGAGGUCAGAAAGUGAAGGCUAUUGUGCUGAGGACUGGUUUUUCCACAAUGAAGGGUCAACUUGUUAGAUCGAUCAUGUAUCCAAAACCUGUCGAUUUUCGAUUCACGAAGGACCUUUUUAAGUUUGUCGGGUUCCUCGGUUGUAUAUCUGGCUGCGGCUUUGUUUAUACGAUUAUUAUUAUGGUACUGCGAGGUAGCAGUUUGCGUCGAGUAAUUGUGCGUGCUCUUGACAUCAUCACUAUAACUGUCCCUCCUGCUCUUCCAGCUGCAAUGUCCGUGGGUAUAAUUAAUGCGCAGCUCAGAUUAAAGAAGAAAGAGAUCUAUUGUAUCUCGCCGUCUACCAUCAAUACAUGCGGUGCAAUUAAUGUAGUUUGUUUUGAUAAAACGGGUACUCUCACUGAAGAUGGCUUAGAUUUUCACGUUCUACGUGCAGUAGCAGAGGCAGAUGCUUCCGAGUUGCCGAGCUUUACGACCGAAAGCAGCCGGAUGAACCGCGAUGAGUUGCCUCAGCAAGGGGAACUCGUUACUGCUAUCGCUACGUGUCACUCCCUCACUAGAAUCAACGGAAUACUGCAUGGAGAUCCUCUAGAUCUUAUACUUUUUCAACAAACUGGCUGGGUUCUGGAAGAGGCUUUUGCUGACGAGUCCGACCAUGACGAAACGGAAUUGUAUGACAUGAUUCAGCCAACGAUCAUAAAGCCAUCACCAAAGCUGAACCGGGGAGAUGAAGAAUAUUCGAUCAUUCGCCAAUUCACGUUCAGCUCGUCGCUGCAGAGGAUGUCCGUUAUCGUGUUCAAUCCAUCGAGCAGUGAUCGCAGUAUGACUCUAUACUGCAAGGGAUCACCUGAAAUGAUACAUUCGUUGUGUGAUCCUAGCAGUGUUCCACCCGAUUACUUUACUAUUGUGAAUAACUACGCGCAGCAUGGCUUCCGAUUGAUUGCCGUUGCGCGAAAAACUCUGCAUCUGAAUUUCAACAAAGCCGCUAAGGUGCCGAGAGCAAAGGUGGAGUGCGACUUGCAGUUACUUGGCUUGGUGGCGAUGGAGAAUCGUAUCAAACCAGUCACACUUGGUGUGAUCAACCAGUUAAAUCGCGCUCGGAUCAGAACAGUCAUGGUUACCGGCGAUAACUUAUUGACUGCAAUGAGUGUUGCUAGAGAGUGUGGCAUAGUACGCCCGAACAAACGAGCAUUUUUGGUAGAGCACUGUCCAGGAGAGGUAGAUGUGAACGGGCGAACAAAGAUAGCCGUUAAGCAGUCUGUUUCGUCCUCUGGCGACAUUCUCGAUGAUGACUCAAUCAUAGUCAAGAACGUGAAAGAUGCAGAGCUGGGACAGCUUAUUCAGAGCAGCUACCACCUUGCCAUAUCAGGGCCUACUUUCGCGGUCAUUACUCACGAGUAUCCUGAACUUCUUGAUUCACUAGUAACUGUGUGCGAUGUGUUUGCUCGAAUGGCACCUGAUCAAAAACAGCAGCUUAUAAAUUGCCUUCAAGAAAUCGGAUACACAGUUGCAAUGUGCGGCGAUGGAGCAAAUGAUUGUGCAGCAUUAAAGGCAGCACAUGCAGGAAUAUCACUUUCCGACGCUGAGGCUUCGAUCGCCGCGCCUUUCACUUCGAAGGUUGCUGACAUUCGGUGCGUUCCAACGAUUAUAAGCGAGGGAAGAGCUGCGUUGGUCACAUCAUUUGGAAUCUUUAAAUACAUGGCUGGCUACUCUCUGACACAAUUUGUCACCGUAAUGCUCUUGUACUAUAUCUCAAACAUCCUUACGGAUGGGCAGUUCAUGUAUAUCGACAUGUUUUUGAUAACUCUGCUGGCUGUUCUUUUUGGAAACACUGCGGCCUAUGAGAAUCUCUGUCCGACGCCGCCUCCUACACGAUUGUUGUCUGUUGCCAGUAUCUGUAGCGUGCUUGGACAACUAGCAAUAAUGGGUAGCACACAGCUGCUUGUGUUUCUGAUGACCACAACCCAGCCAUGGUUUGUUCCUUACACUGCUCCACGUGGAUCAGAUACUGAAGAUAAAAGGAGUAUGCAGGGAACGGCUGUUUUUUACGUAUCUGUAUUCCAAUAUAUCACUCUUGUCGUCGUCUACUCGAAAGGACCCCCUUAUCGCGAUACACUGUACAGCAACAGACCAUUCUGCGCAUCCAUCGCAUUUGUCACAUUGUUAUCACUUGUAAUUAUAUUAUGGGCUCCUGCUUGGUUGCGCGACUUCAUGGGCAACAUGGAUCUACCAUCCUUCGAGUAUCGCAGCCUUCUCGUGCUCAUUGCCUGCGUAAAUGCUGUCGUUUCUUUCCUAUAUUCUGCCAUUUCCCAAGGAUACUACGGAGAGAUAUCUUUUGUUGUUACAAGAUAUGAGUUGUAUGCCAAAAAUGGGGGUGCUCUCUAUGAGCGCAUACUUUCUCGAAUCGGCUCACAUUCUUUAUUGUACGUAGCUGAUAUAGCCAUUGCAUGUUUGAAAGCAAAUCUGUACAGUAUUUCAAGUUGCAAGAGAGGCGUUCAGCAUGAAAGCAGUUUGCGUACAGAUCGUAAAUCUUUCGCUUUCUUGCAAUGGAACUGUUCUGAUCGGCAUGAGAUUACUCCUACACCACAUGGGAAUUUUCAAGACAUUUUUGGGAAAACCUUGCGAUCAACGACAAAGGAGACUGCAUUCUUGGUUGCAAUUGCCAGCGCGGGCAUCGUUCAUGCGAUCACGAAGGGUUGUAAUACUGGAAAUCUCACCGAUUGCGGCUGUGACAGUAAGCCGGCACUUCAGAGAUACGUCGAAGGGGAUCAUCCAAAUUCAUUUGGCCGACAUGAACAGUUUUCUUGGGGAGGUUGCUCAGACAACGUCCCUUAUGGACAAAAGUUUGCCAGACAAUUCUUGGAUGAGUACGAAAAACAGCAGUUUGAAAAGGAUCGCAACGUUAGCCAUCUCGUGCUGAAGCAUAAUUUCCUCGUUGGGAGAGAGGCGAUCUCGCAGAACGUGCGAAAGCAGUGCAGAUGUCAUGGCGUGUCGGGAUCGUGUGAGUUCAAAACAUGUUGGCUACAAAUGCCAAAGUUCAGCGAGGUGGCAGAAAUGUUGAAGAAACGCUACGAUCACUUUGCCGUUCAGGUGACAAAGAGGGCCAGAAAGCGACUUCGUAGGAAGGAAAGAAGUGAGCGGCAAAACCCGAUAAGAGGUAACGAGAUGGUCUACGUAAUGCGCUCACCAAGUUACUGCGAAAGGAACGACUCUGCGGGUAUUUUGGGAACGAACGGGCGAGAAUGUAAACACUCGUCAUACAACGCUGACAGCUGCGAUUUGCUAUGCUGUGGUCGUGGCUACAAUACCAGAUUGGAACGCAAAAUGACGCAGUGUCACUGUAAAUUUGUCUGGUGCUGCCAAGUGAACUGCAAAGAGUGCAUUGAGGACAUCCAGGUCCACACUUGCAAAUGAUCAGUCAGUGCCCCUGAUAUCUAAUCUCUGCUGAGGGUGCUACUGUUAGGAUUCUCUCGAAUAAAUUUUGAUGCCCAAUCGACACGCCACUCUCAUGAUGAGAUGAAUAGGCAGCACUUGAUAGUUGAGGUUUGGUGCUUUAAUCCACCCAAUUCAUGGUUGAAUGUUUAGAAAAUCUGUGCUAAUAAUGAUAGCUCAGCUAGUCCUCACUUUUCAUUACAAACGGUGUUUCAUCAAGAGUUCUACUAUGUUCAAUAACCUUUGCUCCCAUUUUGCUGAAACUUUGAGUCUGUGAAUAUGUUUUGAAUGUAGACAGCAAUAAACCCCACUGUUUGAUUUAUUUGAUGCGUUUGUUGACAUGAAUUGCCCAAUAAAAUCCUUUGAACGGCA